GCUUAGGGAAGCGCAGUUUGAACUCUGAAUUCCUGUUAUUUCAAAAUGCCCCCAUGUGGCAGGGCAUUUCCUUAUCGUUAGACAACCAGAAUGCUCUCCCUGAACUAUCAGUUCUCAGAAAUUAGCACAGCUUUCCUCUUUGCUGGCUUCAACAAGAUAUGGUACAAAAAGAACGCAUUACACGGCAUAGUCUGGUGGAAGGGAAGCCAAUCGUAACCCACCUACAAUGAUUGUUCCUUUGCUGUUGGCUUUUCUUUCAGUUUUCCAUGGCGCAGAUUCACUAGUGGAUACAAGCAAAUUUUUGAUAUAUAAUCAAGAUCACAAGGUUUGUGUAAACGCCUUGAGUUCAAGCUAUGUUACUACUGAUACCUGCAACCAUGAAAAUGAAGGACAAAUAUUCAGAUGGAUUUCCAGUCACCAGCUGAUGAGUAUUUCCCUGAAGUUAUGUUUGGGAGUGUCUUCGAAAGUUGACUGGACACCCGUAACACUGUACCCAUGUGAUACAGACAGCAGUCUUCAGAAAUGGGAAUGCAGAAAUGACACUCUGUUUGCCAUCCAAGGAGCUGAUCUUUUUUUCAACUAUGGCAACAAAAAUGAGAAGAGAAUUAUGCUGUACAAAGGAUCAGGCCUGUGGAGUAGGUGGAAAGUCUAUGGAACCCAAGAUGAUUUGUGCUCCCGGGGCUAUGAAGAUACGUUUACCCUGAAAGGCAAUAGCAAUGGAGCACCAUGUGUAUUCCCUUUCCAGUAUGGUAGCAAUUGGUAUGCUGAGUGUACAAAUCUUGCCAGGUCAGAUGGUUUCCUGUGGUGUUCAACAACGAGGAGCUAUAAUACAGACAAGAAAUAUGGGUUUUGCCCAGUUAAAUCUGAUGCAACAGAGCAGCUGUGGAAAAAAGAUCCUAUGACAAGCAUACAAUAUCAGAUAAACUCCGAAGCUGCGCUGUCAUGGUACCAAGCAAGUAAAAGUUGUCAGCAACAAAGUGCCCAUUUGCUGAGCAUCACAGAGUUACAUGAGCAAACAUACCUGGCAGGGUUAACUUCCAGUUUGACUACUGAACUCUGGUUUGGGCUUAACAGUUUGGACUUCAAUAGUGGAUGGCAGUGGAGUAAUGGCUAUCCUUUCAGAUAUCUUAAUUGGGCACCAGGAAGUCCUUCUCCAGAGCCUGGAAAAACCUGUGGGACAUUUAAUCCUGGUAAAGGUGGCAAAUGGGAAAGCCUUGAAUGUGAAAAGAAACUCGGGUACAUUUGUAAAAGAGGAAAUUCUACUCUCAACAACUUCAUUAUUCCUUCAGAAUCGAAUGUGCCCUUUAAGUGUCCUGAAGGGUGGAUAUCAUAUGGAGGCCACUGUUACAAGAUUAACAGAGAAACCGCCUUGUGGAAUGAUGCGUUAACUUUGUGUAGAAAGGAAGGUGGAGAUCUGGCGAGCAUUCACAAUGUUGAAGAAUACAGCUUCAUAUUUGCUCAGCUUGGAUACAGACCAACUGAUGAAUUGUGGAUUGGAUUGAAUGACCUCAAGGUACAAAUGUGCUUUGAAUGGACAGAUGGGACCCCUGUAACGUAUACCAAAUGGCUACCUGGAGAGCCAACACAUGCUACCAACAGGCAAGAAGACUGUGUUGUUAUGAAAGGGAAGGAUGGCUAUUGGGCGGAUCAACAAUGUGAUGUGAAACUUGGAUUCAUUUGCAAAAGGAAACCAUUAAAAGAAGCUCCAGAAGAACAAGAUAAAAUUGAAGAAGGCUGCCAGAGAGGCUGGAAAAGACAUGGUUUUUACUGUUAUAUGAUUGGAAAUGUGUUUUCAACAUUUGCGGAAGCAAAUCACACAUGUAUAAAGGAGGGCGCCUAUUUAACUUCUGUUGAAGACAGAUAUGAACAAGCAUAUCUGACCAGUUUGGUUGGGCUUAGGCCAGAAACCUAUUUUUGGAUUGGUCUUUCUGACAUACAAGAAAAAGGAACAUUUAUAUGGACCAAUGGAGAACCUAUCAAGUUCACUCACUGGAAUUCAGAAAUGCCUGGACGGAAACCAGGCUGUGUGGCUAUGACAACUGGCAUUUCAGGGGGGUUAUGGGAUCUUCUGAAAUGUGAAAAGAAGGCAAAGUUUCUCUGCAAGCGCUUUGCAGAUGGGGUUACUCCACCACCUCCACUGACGACAACUCCGCCUCCCAAGUGCCCUGAAUAUUGGGGUCCCAGUGACGAGAGGAGUUUGUGCUUCAAGGCUUUCGUAACAGCAGAUAACCUAAAAUCAUGGGUUGAUGCUCGGACUUUUUGUACAGAGAUUGGAGGUGAACUGGCCUCACUUAUCAGUUCAAAAGAAGAACGUUCACUGCAACGCUACUUAGCGAGCUCUGGAUACAGCAAUCAGCGCUAUUGGAUUGGUUUAAAUUAUUUAAGCCCAACAGAAGGAUUUGCAUGGAGCGAUGGAUCCCCAUUAGGAUAUGUAAACUGGGCGUAUGGAGAACCCAAUAAUUACAAUGGAAUUGAACACUGUGGAGAGUUAAAUGCAAAUGUCGGUAUGCGCUGGAAUGACAUGCACUGCGAAGAUUUAUUCUAUUGGAUUUGCCAGAUCAGAAAAGGAGAGCAACCCAAACCAGAACCAACAAAUCGACCUUUGCCAAAAUAUGUGUUUACCAGUGAUGGAUGGGUCAUCAAUGAAGACAAACAAUAUUACUUUGGCACUGAUAAUGCUCCUAUGGAAAAAGCUCGAGAAUUUUGUAAGAAAAAUUUUGGGGAUCUGGCUGUCAUUGAAAACAACUCUGAAAGAAAAUUUUUAUUACAAUAUAUCUCACAGAAUAAAACGGUGGACAGUUACUUCAUUGGUUUACAACUAAGCCUUGAUAAGGUGGCAAAGUGGAUGGAUGGAACACCUGUGCAGUAUUUAGCCUGGGCACCACAUGAACCCAAUUUUGCAAACAAUGAUGAAAAUUGUGUGGUCAUGUACAGAAGAACAGGGCUUUGGAAUGAUAUAAACUGUGGUUACCCAUCACCUUUCAUAUGUGAAAGGCACAAGAAUAUGGUCAACACAACAGCUGCUCCUACAGCUCCUUCUGUACCAGGAGGCUGCCCACAAUCAUGGCUUCGGUUUGAAAAUAAGUGCUACAAAAUCUUUGGAUUUCAAGCAGAUGACCAAAAAUCUUGGAGCGCAGCACGCUCCGAAUGUCAGGGCCCAGACAUUGGAGGAAACCUAGCUACUAUAUCUAAUAAAAGGCUACAAGCCUUCCUUGUUUUCCACUUAAAUAAAUUCCCAACGGAAGUAUGGAUUGGGUUGAAUGAUAUUAAUCAUGAACAUAUGUACCUCUGGACUGAUGGAACAGGAGUCCAUUACACAAACUGGGCAAAAAGCUAUCCAUCAUCUAGUUAUGAUGGAUCCAUGGAAGACUGUGUUGCAGUGAAUAACAAACCUCUGAAAGAGGCAGGGACAUGGAGACAUUUUCGUUGUUCUAUUAAGAAAGGCUAUAUAUGCCAGACCAAUACAAACUCUAAAUACUCCAUUCCAUCAACCACUCCAGUACCUCAUAUCUACUAUAGCAACAGUACCUACUUCUUCAUCGAAACCAAAAUGACAUGGAAGGAAGCCCAGCAAAGGUGUGGUGUUCAGAAAGAAGACUCAAGCCUUGCUAGUAUUUUAGAUCCCUUCAGCCAUUCUCUCCUCUGGCUCCAGGUGUUAAAGUACAAGAGCCCUGUGUGGAUCGGCCUCAACAGCAAUGUGACCGAUGGACAAUAUACAUGGAUUGAUAGAUACAGAAUGAAGUAUACAAACUGGGGCACAGGGGAGCCAAAACAAAACUUUGGCUGUGUUUAUAUAGACCUGGAUGGAGCAUGGAAGACAGGAUCAUGUGAUGAAAAAUAUUUUCCACUCUGUAAACACUCUGUUUUGAAGGCACCUACUGAACCACCUCAACAGCCAGGGAAAUGCCCAGAAUCGGAAGAGAAACCAUGGCUUCCUUUCCGUGGCCACUGCUACCACUUUGAAGCAUCUGCAAGAAAGAAUUGGCCAAGGGCUUCUUUAGCUUGUUUACAGUUAGAUGCAAAUCUAGUUUCAAUAGUCGAUGCAGCAGAGUCACGUUUUCUAGCAGAAAAUAUAGAAGCUCUUGAAACCAAAACACGAACGUUUUGGACAGGAAUGUACAAAAAUCUGAACGGUAAUUGGUUAUGGCUUGACAAUACUGUAGUGGAUUUUGUCAAUUGGAAUACUGGAGAGCCUUCACCCCAAAUCAACGAAGAAUGUGUGGAAAUGUAUACAACAUCUGGAAAUUGGAAUAAUGCUUAUUGCAGUGGCUACGCAGGAUACAUUUGCAAAAAACCAAAAGUUUUUGACAGUGUGCCAACUGAGAAGAUUCCAGAACAAAAAGAAUCAAGAAAGGAGGAGAACAAACCUUCAUCCUCCAACAGUAAAGCUACGGCUGUGGUAGUUAUUGUGAUUCUCAUUGUAGCAGGAGCUGCUCUGGCAGGUUACUAUUUCUACAAAAAGAGGAAUCAACACUUGGUGACUGAGGAGAACUUUGAGAAUUCUCUCUACUUCAAUAGUAAUUCAGCUCCUGGAACUAGUGAUACAAAGGACCUGGUGUUGAACAUGGAGCAGAAUGAACAUGGCGCCAUUUAGUCUGAUAAAAUAUAUACUGUGCCUUGUUUAAUAAACAUAUCAAAUUCAUGGAGCACUCUACCAAAACGCAUUUUAUUGUGCAAAAUAGUAACCAUGUGCCUCUCUGUUUCAGCAUUUUAAUACAUAGAAGAAACAGUAAUAACUUAAUGUUGUCCUCUCAAUAAUUCAACAGCUUGGUAUUUGGAAAUAGCAAAGCUACAAUUUCAUCCUAUGGCCAAAAUCUAUGGCCAAGAGCAAAGCUCUUAGAUAGCAGAAGUUAGUUGAUGGCACUUGAGAGGAUAUUCAUUCUAAAAUUCAAAAUCUAUUUGUGGGAUGGAACCAAGUACAAAUUAAGAUGGAAGUAAGUGCAGAAAUAAUGUGAUAUGAACAUUUUGAUAUUUUCCCCUACAUGCUCAUUAUUCAUAGAGUGGUGAACUACAUUUUACUGGAAUACAGUACUUGUUAUUUAUUUGUUUAACAGGAUGUGCCUUUUUUCAACAAUCAUCUUCAACAAUCCAAUCAUUUGGUUUAUAUGGCCACGUUGUUAUAUGGAAAUGAUUCACUAGCACAGAUCCUGGUAAAUGCUUAACAAAAUCCUGACAUAGUAUUGUCACUAGCGGAAAGUCUAGAGUUCAGACAUAUACUUUCUAUUCAGAAAGUUCAACAAUCACAUUCGCUUCAAGUCAAAUGUUCAAUAUGAACAUUACGUAAGUGGGCUUGGACUAAUCCAUAUCUUAAAACAACAGAAUGGUUCAUACUUUGAUUGAGACUCCUAGACAAAACACCUGGAGUUUUCAGGAAAUCUAAAAUAUUCUUCCUUUUUUAUGUAAAUCUAAACUUGCAUUGCAUUUUCCUUGUCAAAGGUAGCUGAAACUGGCCUUUGUUAGCAAUUGAUGCACCGUGAUACAUGAGCAAAUAUUUCUCCAUAUAAAAUGAAAUCAUGUAUCUUAACUUCACUAUUGAUAGAUUUUUAUCAGCUGAACCUGCAAAUGUGCUAUUAUAACAGUAUAAAACACAGCAAUGUUUUAUUGACUUCAUUCCACUUUGAUACAAAAGGGCAACAAUGUUCAUGGCUUUAUUUAUGCCACCUUUGUAUACCUUUUAUAAUAAACACAAAUAGGUGUCUUUUACA